AUGUCUGCCAGCACCGAGCGGCGCUCCGAGAAGCCUCGCCCGGACCGGAGACGUUUACCCGGGAGGCGCAAGAAGCUCCAAGUGGUCGUUUGUGUUCUGUUGGUGGAGCUGUGCGAAAGGUUCACUUUUUUCGGCAUCGUCUGCAACAUGAUUCUCUUCUGCACCGUCAAGCUGGGCUACGACAAUUACCUAGCCGCCACGGUCAAUUUGUGCUUCAUCGGAGCUAGCACGUUAACCCCCGUUCUGGUCGGGUGGUUUGCGGAAACCUGCCUCGGAAGGACUAAAGUGCUCUACUUGUGCGCCCUGCUUCAUUUUUUCGGUACGGCCAUGUUACCGGUUGUCGCCUUCCCUUUCGAAGACUUCUACAUCGACACUCACCACAUGAGUCACAAGUUAGAACCUCAAGAGCAACAGGUUCUGUUCUACACGGGCCUUCUGGCCGUCGCGCUGGGCAUCGGCGGCAUCCGGGCCAUCCUCUGUCCUUUGGGAGCGUACAGCCUGCAGAGCUACAAUCAGUACCAGCUAUUGGGCUUCUUCAACUGGUUCUAUUGGUUGGUGAACCUGAAUUCCACUGUGGUGUUUCUGGGUAUCGCUUAUAUCCAGCAAUCCGUGGCCAAAAAUCUGGCUUUCCUAAUCCCAUUCACGUCAGCGUUGUUAGCGCUCAUCGCAAUACAUAUGAUGCGCAACAAACUCACCUACAAACCCAAGAAAGGCGGUUCGCUCCUGACCACGCUGGGCGUUUUUUUGAACUCGCUGAAGAUGUGUUGCCUUCACUACCGCCACCUGAGCGGCGACGUGACGUCCUGGCUGGACCGGGCCAAGGAGAACAACGGGGGGCGCUACAGCGAGACUCACGUGGAGAACGUCAAAGUUUUGGCCAAGCUCUUCCCUCUUUACGGACUCCAGCUGAUAUACAGAGCUUGCGUCACUCAGAUCCCUUCCGGUUACUACUUGCAGACGAUGAACUCCAACCUUCACCUGAGCGACGUCCUGCUGCCCAUCGGCACCAUGAACGUGAUCAGCAUCCUGCCUCUGCUAGUGCUGGCGCCGCUAAUAGAGUGCGUCAACAGCUUCUCCUUGUCGGCGUCCCGAACCCCGCUGGCCCCCGCCAGAGUCAUCACUCUGGGACACGCGUGCGCGGCGCUGUCCGUCCUGGCGGCGGCUUUGACGGAACUGCGAAGGAAGGGUUUCCCCCUGGUGGAGCAGACGCUAUCGGGGAAGGUUCUGCAGGUGUCCUCCAUGCCCUGUUUCCAGCUGGCGCCGCAGUACGUCCUCCUCGGGCUGGCGGAGGCUCUGGUCACGCCCGCGUGUUCCCUCAUUUCUUUCCAACUGAGCCCAGGACACAUUCGAGGAAUCUCCCUCCACUUUCUGACGCUGUCCUACGGUGGAGGCUGCUUCCUCGGCGCCAUUUGCAUUCAGCUCGCUUACUUCCUGUCCGGAGGUUCCUUUUAUCCGAGCGUCCUCCAUGAUGGAAACCUGGAGAGAUUCUAUUUCCUAAUGGCGACGCUGAUGACCAUAAACACCUUGGCGUAUUGGAGUAUAUCUCACAGGUACUUGGAUUUGAGCGUGCGUGGGAAAGCGCUAGCAGCAAGUCCGCUAACGGAAAAGCUUCUUCAGUAUAAAGCGUGCCUGCGCUACUACGACACGAUGGACAACUCCUGCGAUUCCAUCAUUUGA